CAAAAUGCCAUCUGGGCCCCACAUUCAGGCAAACUAAGCCAAUCACCACCUUUCUUUAUUUCUUUCUCCGAUUUUCAAUUAUUUUCUCUCUUUCUGUCACGCAACUCACACCAUCUUCCAAUAAUCCUCUGUGAUUGGCUCACACACUCUGCAUUCGCUUCAAUCGAAAAAUGCCAUCUCAGAUCUUUCCCACAUCCAACCGUUCUCUUGAUUCCGCGGUUUCAACUUCUUCCACGGCGUUCAUCCGUCCCAAAGAAGACCAGAAUGACCCCUCCGUCAACCUCCUCGAUCACUCCGCCUCCCCUUCCUACCGAGACAUGUCCCUCAAGCCUCCCUUGCCGCGGGCCUCCAGCUUCACCUCCUCGCGCACCAAACCCUCCCGCCCUCGCCACUCUUUCAAUCAGAAACGCCGCCGCCGUGCCGCCAGCCAGGACUCCUUCCCCGACAUCUCUGAUCAGACUCACACCUCCACCCGCUCCUCCUUCGGCCGCGAUGUCGCCGCCGAGACCUUUCUCUUGACUCGCCUUGGCUUCAAGAUGCUCGGAUACCUCGGGGUAGGCUAUAAAUGGAUUACAAGAUUUCUUGCCCUUAGUUGUUAUGCACUACUUCUUUUUCCGGGCUUUAUUCAAGUUGGAUAUUACUAUUUCUUCUCCAGUCAGAUACGCAGAAGCAUUGUUUAUGGAGAUAAACCGCGAAAUAGGCUUGACUUGUAUUUGCCUAAAAAUGGCAGCGGUCCAAAACCAGUUGUUGCUUUUAUUACUGGUGGAGCCUGGAUUAUUGGUUACAAAGCAUGGGGUACACUUCUAGGUCAACAGCUAUCAGAGAGAGAUAUCAUUGUGGCAUGUAUUGAUUACAGACUAACAUACUAUUUAUACAGUAAAUCAUUUGCUGAAACUCUUAAAAGAGUUGGAGUGACGGCUGAAGCAAUUAUGUACGAAGGGAAGACUCAUACAGAUGUGUUUCUACAGGAUCCGAUGAGAGGUGGAAAAGAUGACAUGUUUGAAGAUUUAGUAGGAUAUAUCCACGCUGGUGAUGCUGAGGCCCGUGCCAGAGAUGCAGAGGCUCCUCCAAGGAGACGCCUUGUGCCUGAAUGCAUGUUAAAACUCGCUCAUAGCGUUAGUCCAUUCUAGUCUCAUUCUUUCUCCAUUUUAUUAUUUUUCUUUGUACAUAAUCUCAUUAAUUUUCAACAUCAAUUUUUGUAUUACUAGAUUUAGCAAUACAAGUAGAGUCAAACAUUUGCUUGUCAUUCUUUCUAAGAAGAGAUAGUGAGUAAAAUCAAUGGCCUGUUCUCUUUGACGGAAAUAGAUGAGUCAAGUCAUUUCCUUAUAA